AUGGCGUCAAAAUUCAAGCAUCCGGGUUCAGCCAAAGGUUCAGCCAAAGACCGCCUCUUCAAGUCCGAAGUUAUUCACAAAGAGGAGAAGAAAUCGUGUAAACGUUGCUGUACUCUCAACGACAUUAAGCUUGUCAAAAGAAAAGACAGACCUAACAAUGUCCCUCACAUACAUUACGGAACCCUUGGAUCUGCAGAUCAAGUGAUGAAAGAUGCCACAUUGAGAGAUAAGUGGGCGCGGAAAGAGAAGAUUAUUUGUUUCGAAACUGAGGCUGCCGUUCUUGGUGAGAUAAAGGCAAAUAUCGAGACAAUAAGAUACAAUUUCGACAGGAAGGAGGACUUGGACAUUUUUAAUUGGCUCACCCCCGUCAACUAUGGCUCUCCGCAAAGCGACAAUCUUCGGAGACGACAGGCAGGAACCUGCCAAUGGUUCCUCGAUUCUGCUGAGUACCAGACUUGGUUAAACGCAGAUAAGGAGACAUUAUUCUGCCCCGGGAUUCCCGGAGCUGGGAAGACAGUUCUUACAGCAAUUGUGGUCAACGACCUCCACAAUAGAUUCCAAAGUGAUACCAGUGUCGGCAUAGCAUACAUUUACUGCAACUUCCGACAAUGGACCGAACAUAACUUUGAGCACUUUCUCGCAACUUUGUUGAAGCAGUUGAUUCAAGAGCGGUGUUCCCUGCCAGACAGUGUGAAAACCCUCUACCAUAACCACAGCAAUAAACAGACGAGACCAUCAUUCAGCGAGAUCUCGCAAGUUCUCCACUCAGUCUCUGCCAUGUAUUUGAGAUUAUUUAUUAUCGUCGAUGCACUUGACGAAUGUCAAGUAUUUGAUGGCUGCCAGGCUAAACUCCUAUCUGAGAUUUUUAGCCUCCAAAACGAGUGCGGAGCAAACAUCUCCGUGACUUCAAGAUAUGUUCCAGAGGUUAUGAGGAAGUUCGAAGUAAACACAUCGAUAGAGAUUCGUGCAAGCGAUCAUGAUGUGCGGAAAUAUCUAGACGGCAAUUUGUCCCAGCUUCCAGCCUUUGUGACCAACAGCCCAGAACUUCAGGAAGAAGUCAAGACUGAGAUUGUUAGGGCGGUUGAUGGAAUGUUCUUACUCCCACAACCUCAUCUUCGCUCAUUGGCUGGGAAGACAUCGCCUAAAUCCCUCAGAACCAGCUUGAAAGCGCUACCGACUGGAACUGAUGCGUAUGAUCUUGCUUACGAACAAGCGAUUCAACGUAUUGAAGGACAGUAUAAGGAGCAGAAAGAACUUGCAAUGAAAGUUAUAUCGUGGAUCACCUGUGCAAAGAGGCCUUUGACUACUUUUGAACUUCAGGAGGCACUUGCAGUGGAAUUCGGCAUGAGUGGGAUUGAUAGAGAUAACUUCUCACCAAUUGACCUUAUGGUUUCGGUAUGUGCUGGAUUAGUCACAGUCGACGAAGCAAGCUGCAUCAUUCGGCUAGUCCAUUAUACGACGCAAGAAUAUAUGGAGCAAACGCAGAAACACCGGUUUCCGGAAGCAGAGGCCGAUAUUACAAAAGUCUGUGUUAUAUACCUGUCGUUCAACGUCUUUGAGAGCGGGUUUUGUCAAACGAGAGACGAGUUUUGCGAUUGGCUAGAGUUGAAUAGACUCUUUGAUUACGCUGCACAAAAUUGGGGACAUCAUGCUUGUAUGUUGUCGAUUGAAGGGGACGAAUUUAUUCUGGAAUUUCUUCAGAACGAGUCGAAAGUUUCCGCCUGCACCCAGGCCAUGCUAGCUUCCAAGAUGGACUAUUGGAAUGACACUGAAACCCACAUGACGGGACUCCACGUUGCGGCAUACUUUGGACUUGGACUGUCAACGGCGGCCCUAUUCGAUAGGCAAUAUAGUCCGAGUUCCAAGGACGUGGGCGAUCGGACACCGCUACAUUACGCUGCAGAGAACGGGCACCAGGAGGUGGUGAAGCUGCUGCUCGACAAGGGUGCCGAUGCCAACGUUGAGGACAACUACCGUAACCUGACACUACUACACUAUGCCGUGGAGAAGGGGCAUCAAGGGGUGUUGAAGCUACUGCUCGACAAGGGGCCAAUCCCAAUGGCAGCACUCCUGCUAGAAACUCGCAUACACCACUCCACUUUGCUGUGGAGAACGGGCACCAGAAGAUGGUGA